AUGGCAAAAAAGAAGAAAGCUACUGAUGGUCAUGAUGAUCAAUCAGCUGCUGCAGCUGCUCGAGAAUUUGGUAUUACAUAUAAAGAAUUAGAAGUAUUAAUGCAAACACGUGGCCAUGAAGGUGUUAAAGAGAUAAAUGAUACCUAUGGUGGUCUUAGUGGUCUCGGGCAAAAACUUAAAACAAAUUUAAUAACUGGUUUAAAUAAUGAUGAAGGUGAUUUCUCAGUACGUACAGCUGCAUUUGGUCGUAAUGAAAUUCCACCAAAACCACCAAAAACAUUUUUUCGUCUUAUGUUUGAAGCUCUUCAAGAUGUUACACUAGUUAUACUUAUUAUAUGUGCUGUCAUUUCAUUUGGUUUAUCAUUUUAUCAUCCAGGUGGAGAUACAUUUGAAGCUGACAUAAAACCGAAAGAAGCAAAUGUCGAAUGGAUUGAAGGUGCAGCAAUUAUUGUGGCUGUAAUUGUUGUUGUUCUUGUAACAGCAUUUAAUGAUUGGACAAAAGAACGACAAUUUCGUGGUCUUCAAUCAAAAAUUGAACUUGAUCAAAAAUUUAAUGUUGUUAGAGAUAAUAAUGUACGACAAAUUCCAAUAAAAGAUAUUGUUGUUGGUGAUAUAUGUCAAGUUAAAUAUGGAGACUUAUUACCAGCUGAUGGUGUUGUUGUACAAUCAAAUGAUCUUAAAGUUGAUGAAUCAUCAUUAACUGGAGAAUCUGAUUUAAUAAAAAAGCAUGAAUCAAAAGAUCCAUUUCUUCUUUCUGGUACACAUAUUAUGGAAGGUAGUGGAAAAAUGUUAGUAUUGGCUGUUGGCGAACAUAGUCAAACUGGAAUGAUAUUUAAAUUGUUAGGCGCAACAGAAGGUGAUGAUGAUGAUAAUAAAAAACCAGCAGAUACCAAAAAAGAAAAUGCAACUGGUAAUAAUCAUGAUGGAACUGAAUUACAAGAAGUUGUGGCUAAUGAUGCAGAAGAAGGAGGUGCUGAUGAUGAUUCAGGUGGUUUUAAAGUUAAAGAACGAUCUAUUUUACAAGCAAAACUGACAAAAUUAGCUAUUCAAAUUGGAUAUGCAGGCAUGACAAUCGCUAUUUUAACUGUACUUGUUUUAUUGGUACGAUUUUCUAUCGAAGAAUUUAUUCAACGACGUGAAAAAUGGAGUAAUAAAUACUUCAGUCGAUUUGUACGAUAUUUAAUAACGGGUAUAACUGUAUUAGUCGUUGCUGUACCAGAAGGUUUACCAUUGGCUGUAACUAUAUCUUUAGCUUAUGCUGUUAAAAAAAUGAUGAUUGACAAUAAUUUAGUACGUCAUUUAGAUGCAUGCGAAACAAUGGGUAAUGCAACAGCAAUAUGUUCAGAUAAAACAGGAACGUUAACAACAAAUCGUAUGACUGUUGUACAAGUUUAUGUUGGUGAAAAACAUUGGAAAAAUGUUCAAGAUCCAGUUAAAGCUAAAGAAAUUGUAAUACCACCUAAAGCGAAAGAAGUUAUACUUGAAGGUAUAUCUGUUAAUAGUGGUUAUUCAUCAAAAUUAUUGCCUCCACCAGAAAAAGAAACAUUACCAAAACAAGUUGGGAAUAAAACUGAAUGUGGUCUAUUAGGUUUUGUUGUUGGAUUAGGUGGAAGUUAUGAUGAUAUUCGUACACAUUAUCCCGAAGAACAAUUUGUUCAUGUUUAUACAUUUAAUUCUGUACGAAAAAAUAUGUCAACAGUUAUUCGACGACCAGAUGGAAUUGUACGUAUGUAUACAAAAGGUGCAUCUGAAAUUGUUUUAAAAAAAUGUAAAACAAUAUUAAAUCGUAAUGGAGAAAUUAUACCAUUUUCAACUGUUGAUUAUGAUCGUAUUAUUCAAACAGUUAUUGAACCAAUGGCAUGCGAUGGUUUACGUACAAUAUGUGUUGCAUAUAGAGAUUUUCCA